AUGCCCAGGGCCCCGGCGGGGUCCGUCCGCACUCGGCCAGUGCCCAGGGAGCUCGGGCCCUAGCGAGGAGAGGCGCGCCAAGCCUCCUCGCGGCUUUCAGGUGAGCGGCCCAGCGGCCCCAACGCGGGCAGCGCUUCCCAGGUACGAGUCGCCUGGCCCCGCGUCGCCUCCGGCUGCUCGAACCAGGUCCCGUGGUGCCCUUUCCUGGCGGGGCCCCGAAAUACCCACGGGCUCCCCGCCCUGCGCGAGGACAGAGGACCUGAGCCUGCUGCAGCCCUCUCCUUGCGGGGUUAG